AUGGACGAUAGCAAAGUUCUUUACGCAAACGAAAUAGAACUGUAUUUCGAUACUUUGGAGAUUUUCGAUGUUUCCGAUAUCGGGAGUAGCAGGUGGCUUCAGCAACAUGAGAGGAUAUACCAGCUUUCGCUACAAGCAUUACUUGAUGCAAAAUCUGGUGGAGAAGAACUCGUUAAGGAACUAGUCAUAAUGCACCAAAAGAUUCCUCAGUUAGUUCUUGACUUAAUUACUACAGAAAUGUGGAGACUUAAAAUUCUGCCAUUAUUUUUAAAAUGGAAGUUCCGGCCGAAAUCAACGAUCCCAUUAUACAUGGUGCUGUACCAUGAGGUUACGCUGGUUUCAUUUUUCGAAGCUGUUUUAUUUCAUGAAGAUGUCAUGGAAUCUGCAUCUGAUGUUUUAAUCGACCUAACAGAUUUCUGCUAUCGCAAUAUUCUGCCUCUGACCAGCCCAAAGUCUGAAGCAGAAGUUGAAGAGGAUGUUGGAGAUGAAAUGAAGCAACUGUUGGAGCAAAAGAAAGAGAUAGAAUUUGAGCUGGGAGUAAAAUGUAUUUCUAUUUUGUCAUACAUGACACAGCACUUGAAGAUUAUAUCUCUUAGCGUUCUUCACCGUCUCCUAGCGGUUCAUGAUGUGCCACUGCUAUUCACAAAUUUAAUCUGUGAUCCGCCAUGGAUUCGAGAAGUGAAUGACGGAGAAGAAAAAUACUGUGACGGAAAGUGGAACAAGCUUUCUAAGAAAGCAUCAGUAAAGCUAAACAAGAUAGAGGGACAGAUAUGGAUGGCUCUAAUACAAUUUUUGAUGCAUCCUGAAUGUCAGAAGAAGUAUGAAGUUACUGAUUUCCGAAAGGAUCAACUAUUGAGGUUGAGAUCAAAGCUAAGUGGAUUUGUCACAGACCAAAUGCCUAUUCUAAACGAAUUAGUACGUUUCUUGGAACAUCUCAACAUUUUUGAUGCGCCAACCCCGAAAUCUGAUCUCAUAAUUGAACAGAUUCCUGAAAUUUGGGAAAGCAUGCACAGUAAAAAUCAUAAUUGGAAACAAAUUUCCAAAUUCCAAAUGGAAAACUAUUUUUUACUUUCAGAAGAAGAAUUGAAGAACUUUUGUAAAAGGUUAUGCAGAACUUUUGACUUGAAAAAUAUAGAAGCUAUGCUACCAGACGCCCCUUCAUGUGCAGCCUGUGGAGGCAGAGGUUUGAAACGAUGUUCCAGGUGUAAAAAUGAAUGGUAUUGUGGAAGAGCUUGUCAAGUUUCUCACUGGGAAAAACAUAGAAACCUGUGUGACUUAACAGCAACUACUUCAUCAACCUCAUGAUACAAAUUGAAAUGUAUAGUAUAUUGUUUUUUGAAAUAUUAAGUAAGUAAAAUUGUAUGUAACCAUACUGGAAUAAAAGCUGUAUCAAAAUUAUUUAUUUUUAAAAAUGAUUUCAGCUGUUUUCAUUAAGUGCAAAACGUAACUUUAACAAAUAUAUAUUUUUAUAUAUACUGCAAAACAUAUAAUUUUGACUAAUCUAAGUUCUUGUGACAAAAGCUUAAUAUACUCAGUAGUAAUAAAUGCAUCACACAUACUUUGAACAAUACUGACAAAAUAUUAGUGAGAAUAAAAACAGAACUAAUAUAAGUAAUCAAUAUAAACUUGUACAAUAACAAUGCAAUUGAGUUAAAAGGCACAUUAAAUCAAACUUGUGUCAAUGAUUCCAAAACCAAUGAUUCCAAUACAUAAUACAGCAAAAAAAAUGCAUUUACAAAGUUUUUCUUGCUAUAAUAAAAAAAAAAUGAGAAAGGAAAAACUUAUCAAAGUACGAAAUUGCAAAAUUAUUUGAAAUAUGUAUCAAGGUUAUGAAGAAACCCCUAUCAACACGUAAAGUUUGAGUUUCAUAAUGAAAACCAUUCAAUCAAAGCAGCAGCCACAAAGAAGCAAAACAUGGAAUUCUAUUAACGCUCAAUAUUUUUCGUGAAUCCAAUAUUUAUUGUGCGUCCUUCGGAUACAGAAGAGGUUAGCAAAAAAAUUGCAUGUUUAGCUUCUUGGUGACUUGUUUAGUAUCAGAAGCUUAAAACUUUUUCUGAAUGAAAAAAAAAAGUUCCUUGUAACCCUGACCUGAAUACACAUAAAGUGUAUUUUAGAUAAUUUGUUGUGACUGUAAAUUUCUUCUGUGAACUAUGAUUUUAACAUUUAUUGUUCUUAUUUUUGGCUUGGCAAAAUAUUUACUUCUUCCUUUAAAAUAAUUGAAUGUACAAACAAUGUCCGUAGAAAAAAGAAAAUAAAAUUCAUACAAAGUCUUAUUAGCAGAGGAAAAAAUUUUAUCUUUAGGUUAAUGUUUACUUCCUUGUAUGAAGAGAACAGUAUGCAUUCACUAAAAGAAUUUCACUUAGAUUUCAGGACAUGUUUCUAUUUUUAUCACACAGGAAUUGAUUCUAUUUCUUUUGUAAUGCCUACACAUAACUAGGUAUGAGCAACCAAAAAAUCCAUUAACCUAUUCGGGACGGCAGUGCUCAGAAGAUAGCGCUCUUUCAGGACGGCAGCUGUUACACGCGGACUGCAUACAGGCCGGGACAAUUUCUCCCGCUAAGCCUAAUAAGCAAUUUCGAAAAGUACGCAUACAUAAUAAUGGAUAAAAUGUAUACUUUAAGCAGAAA